AUGCCGCGGUCGCUGAAAAUCUCCUCCUAUGCGGAGCAAAUUCAGCUACAUGUCCUUCCCAAGCUGACAUCCGAUUUGCCGACCGAAUAUGUAAAUGUGCAGCACUUGGCGAUUCCAGAGCACCUGAUGUUGGCAGAUCCUACGUUCUUUGAGCCUGGAUCAAUCGAUAUGAUCAUCGGUGCUGAGUAUUAUUACGAUUUACUGGCGGAAGGCAAGAUCAAACUAUGCGACGGUGGACCCACUCUUCAUGAAACCGUUUUUGGAUGGGUUGUCUCUGGCCGUGUACCUGGAUCAUCUACAGUAGCACAACGAACCCAUUCUCACCCUAUCACUUCUCCUGAUCUCAACGAUCUGCUCACCAAAUUUUGGGAGCUCGAGUCUUGCCACUCUGGAGGCACGUUGUCCGUGGAAGAAUCAGCGUGUGAAGAGAUAUUCGAACGAACUACCAUCCGCAAUGAAGUUGGUAGAUUCGUAGUCACUCUACCAAAGAAGGAAGCUGUCAUUCAAAGAUUGGGUGACUCCAAGGCCAACGCUUUAAAGCGAUUCCAUGGACUAGAGCGUCGGUUUGCAACCAACAGUGCUUUGAAAGAGGCGUAUUUCGACUUCAUCGAGGAAUACAAGUCCAUGGGCCAUAUGGAAGAAGUACUAGAAGGAGAAGAACCUGUCUACUAUUUGCCACAUCACGCUGUAUUGAAGCCUGACAGCACCACCACAAAACUCCGGGUCGUAUUCGACGCUUCAUGCCGCACGACAACAGGAAUCUCCUUAAAUGAUGGGUUGAUGGUGGGUCCAGUUGUCCAGGAUGAUCUGCACACCAUUGCCUUACGCUUCCGGUUUUGGAGGCAUGCACUCGUUGCAGACGUGGCAAAAAUGUACAGGAUGGUAGGCGUUCGCCGUGCGGAUCAGUUACUCCAGUGCAUCCUUUGGAGAUCGUGCCCUGAUGAACCCGUCAAAUCGUACAAGUUGACCACAGUCACUUAUGGAACUAGCGCCGCACCUUACCUUGCAACAAAGUGUCUGCAACGCUUAGGAAGUGAAGGCGAAACACCACAUCCUGUCGCCGCAAAGAUUGUCAAGAAGGACUUUUACGUCGACGACUUAUUAACCGGGACAGAUAAACUGGACGAAGGCAAGGCUCUUGUAGCUGAUUUAAUAGAUCUGACGAACUCAGCCGGCUCAGUCUUGCGAAAAUGGAGCUCCAGUAGCAACGAGUUACUUUCCGACGUCCCCAUUGAGCUACGGGAUGAGCGGACUUUUUUCGAACUGGACUCGUCAACGUCUGCAGUAAAAAGCCUUUAUUUUAUUUGGGAGCCAGCAGCCGACAUGUUCCGAUUCACCAUACCAAACAUUGGAUCGGAGACAAGUAUUACCAAGAGAAUCGUAUUGUCGGAGCUAGCAAAGAUUUUCGACCCACUCGGGUUGAUUGGUCCGGUAGUUGUACAAGCCAAAAUUUUCCUGCAAACUUUAUGGAAGCAGAAAUGUGACUGGGACGAUUUGCUACCGGAGGAGCUACAGCGGAUCUGGACCGAAUUUCGAAGGAAUCUCAUGGCAUUGGAUACUCUCACCGUACCCCGUUGGGUGUCAUUUUCCAACGAUCUUGCCAUGGUAGAGUUGCAUGGGUUCUGUGACGCAUCAAAUGCCGCUUAUGGUGCCUGUCUUUAUCUUCGAUGUAUCACUAGCGAUGGUACAAUAACUGCUCGGCUUAUCACCGCCAAGUCAAGGGUUGCACCACUGGAAGACCUGAAGCGGAAAAAGAAAGUCCUAUCAACACCUCGACUCGUACUUUCCGCAGCUCUUUUAUUGAGCCAUCUAUACGGAAAGGUCCUCCAUAGCGUUCAGAUUACGUUCCAACCGUUCUUUUGGACAGACUCGACAAUCGUCAAGUAUUGGCUGGCUUCUCCACCAUCUCGCUGGCAAAUCUUCGUUGCAAAUCGUGUUUCGGAGAUCCAGCACAUUACUAGCAUCGGCGUAUGGAACCAUGUUGCUGGUGCAAAUAAUCCCGCAGAUAUUAUCUCGCGUGGAAUGACUCCCGCACAGUUAAAAUACGAAACGUUGUGGUUUGAAGGCCCACUCUUGUUGCGGCAGGAUCGUGCAACAGUCCCUCUGCCAGACAUCGAACAAUCCCUUUCAGAAGAACGAUCAACUGUUGCGCUGCCAGCUCGAGCGAAAUCGCCAAGCGAAUUUUUCGCUCUUCGAUCUUCGUUCACUGAUCUCGUUAGAUUAGUUGCAUACAUCCGUCGAUUCGUUCACAACUGUUCACCAAGCAACCUCGCCAGCAAGCAUUCAGGGAUAAUCAAGCUGCAGGAACUGAACGAAGCGACUGCAGUAUUAGUUCGCCUAGCCCAGAGGGAUAGCUUUCCCGAAGAAGUAGCAGCUUUGUCUCGCAGCCGAGAAGUAAAAACUUCGUCCAAGAUUCAUGCGCUCAAUCCUAUUAUGGUUGGAAAAACGAUUCGAGUUGGCGGCCGGCUUGCUCAUGCACCUAUCCCGGAGAGUCGCAAACAUCCGAUGAUUUUACAUCAUCGUCAUUCGUUCACCAAGUUAGUCGUGGAACACUACCACCGUAAACUUUUCCACGCUGGUCAGCAGCUACUCGUCAGCAGCUACCCGUCAGAGAAAAAUUCUGGCCCACAAACGCACGCGAUGUGGCUCGUACCGUCUGCCACAUGCUUUCGAAACAAGCCUACUGUUCACGAGCAACUGAUUGCCGAUCUUCCGUACGCUUGA